CCUGUAGAAAUUAUGCAGCUGGCAUAAAAUGCGUACUCACAUUACAUCCACUUCCACCAAGUGAAACAAAAAAGUAUAAAUACGCCACUAUCAACAAUAAAAAUUUAGUAUCACUGCUGAUUUCUCCAAAACAAACAUGAAAUUCCUCAUUGUUUUAACUGUGAUUUACACCACCGCCCAUGGUGGCAUCAUCACCCAUGACCAUGAAAGGGCCCAUUCCUACCAAAACAUCCACAUGGAGCACUUCCACGCUGUCCCAACUUACAUAAAGAAAGAGCACAGUCAUUUGCUACAACACCCAAUUUCCAUCGGUACCAGCUCAUCAAAGGUGGAAGUCCACCAUGGAGAUAAACACGACCAUGGCUAUGCUUUCGCAAACGCCGAAAAUAAUAUUCAUGGGCACGCGGCAUUUCAAGAUUUCGGUUUAACAGAUGGACAUGAUGCUGUCGGUACUUACCAAGUCCACGACCUCGAACACUUUUCCGGGCUUGGCGAUUCCGGACACGUCCCGGAGUCGGACCGUUGAGCUCACUUUCAUUCUAAUUUAUUAACUUAUUUGCGUUACGAGUGAAACUGUUGUUGGUUUUUAAUAAAUAUUCUUUGAUUUA